AUGUUCUGGGAUUAUAAAAAAAACAUUCCAUCAGUAAUCGUAACCAAUCUUGAGAAUUUACAUAACUGUACUGGUCAAUCGGUAGCAGACAGCACUCUCAAAGCAAUUACAAUUCAUGGGCUUGAUCCAAAAAAAUGUUCAACAUGGGUAACAGAUAACACAGCCUAUAUGUCAAGCAAUAAAAAAGAGAUGUUUGGCAAGUUAUCUUCUUCGAUUGGAUUUUCACGAACACAUAACCAUAUAAUCUCCUAUAUUUGGCUUGGAUAUCAUUUCUCCCAAUAUCAAUUGCCAAUUCGGAGUCGUUGGGGAUAUGAAUUACUUGCUGCAAAACAAUAUUUAGCACAUUGUAAAGCACACAUAGAAUUUGUCAAUAGGUUCAUUAAGGAACUUGAAAAUAAUCGGAAUAUACCACCUGCUUAUCCUUCAGAUUGGUGUUUAUUUCGGAAUUGGCUCUUAAACAAAAAACCAAAUAUUCAAAUUCAGUGUUUAGUUAUAUUCGAAAAAAAUCAUCAGGCUCAACUUCCAUCUGGCCAACGUGCUCACGAAAUACCAGAUAAAGUGAAUGAGUGGUUAAAGUUUUUAGAUAAACUUAGAAAAAAUUUUGAUACAUUCUUUGGACAAGAAUUACUAACAGCACUUGAAUCAUAA